AGAAAACUGGUAUACUGCACCGGUGAUGUAACAAAUAAAAUUAUCUAAUCUGUCAAGAGCUACUAACUCUCGCAAGAUAGGCCUGCUUCGUUCAUUAAACUUGAAAAGGCCUCCUAAACGUACAAAGAACAAGCAACCUUAAGGAAUAUCUCUUUAUCAAUGUGACAUUGUCUGUUUGUCAUUUUCUUAGCAUAUUAAUCAUUCUGGGAACGAUGCUGAAGCUGUUAGCCUAUUUGUGCAAACGCGUUAUUGAUUUCGUUGGUGACUUCUCCCAAACAAUUUUCGGAGUUCAACUGUUUAGAUUGGAUUCAAUAUCCGUUGUCACAAGCUUGAAUGGAAGAGCUAGAAAAGAACUAGAAGAAAAUUUAGAUUUGCUUGAUGGUCUAAAAGCCUACUGUGAAGGGUAUAAUAAUGAAAAAGAUAUAGGGGUUACAGGACGAUAUUUAAUGAAUAACUUAGCACAACAAAAUUUACAAGUUAGAGGAGAUGUCCUUCAGUACAUUGAAGAACAUCCGGAAGUCAACGACAUUCCUGUUCAAAGACCGGUGUUUAUAGUAACACUGCCAAGAACUGGCAGUACGUAUCUACAUUGUUUGUUGACAACCGACAAAAGAUGGUGGGUACCAGAAUAUUGGCAGAUGGCAGAGCCCCUUCCAGUGCCAGACUGGCCGAGAAAUGAGCAAGACAGAGAAAGGAUUAACAAGUUCCAAACAUUUAUAGAUAUUAUGAAUGAAUUGGCUGGAUCUGAUGAUGUAAAAAAGUCUCAUAGUGUUCACUCUACUGAUCCCGAGGACUUAAUGAUGAUGUUGACGCGUUCCAUGAUAUAUUUUAUACCAUUUGCAUAUGAGUCUACUACUGCGUACCGGAAUUGGCUACAAACCAGGCCAGAUGGAUUCUGGGAGCAUGCCUACAAGUUAGUGAGAAAGGAAUUGCAAAUAGCGCUAUCUGGAAAAGGUGUUGGAGGACGACGAGUAUUAGCUAUGAAUCAUAUUUGUUUUUCUAAUCCGACUGCCCUUUUGGAUGCUUUUCCAGACGCCCAAAUGAUUCACAUUCAUCGCGAUCCGGCUAAGCUCGUACCGUCAUUUUGUUCGUUGUGUAGAACCCUGAAUGCAACGUUCCGCAAAGCAUCGGACGAGGAUGGUAGUCGAGUGAUCGGCGAGCAAAUGACUGAUUUAUUGGAAAGUUCCGCUAUAUCUUUAACGCAACUUCGUCAAACCGUUCCCAAUAUUAACAUAAAUAUCCCAAGUAAACCUCAAAAGUUUAUAGACGUCGAUUACGAGCGUCUAUUAGAUGAUCCAAUAGGAGUUUUAAAAGCUGUUUAUGAAGACAUAGAUAUGGAAUGGACGGACGAAUGUGAGGCAGGAUUUCAAAAGUUUGUAGAUGAACAUCCGAGAAAUAAGUUUGGUUCACACGUUUACACUUGUCAAGAAUUUAACUUAAAUGAAAAAGAUAUUCGAAAAAGAUUCGCUCUUUAUAUGGAUCUUUUCGGUGUCCGACCAGAGACUUGA